AUGAGUCUUCAUUUCCCUGAUGCUACUGUUAUUAAAAGGUCCAAAUUAAUUAUUAUCGACGAAGCCACAAUGAUGACUAAAUACGCUUUACGCUGUAUCGAUAGAUUAUUUAAAGAUAUAAUGCAAACACAGUUCCCAUUCGGUGGUAAAGUUAUAUUAUUGGGCGGCGAUUUUAGGCAAACUUUACCUGUCAUUCCAAACAGUUCAAAAGCAUAUAUUAUUGAAUCGUGUCUUAAGUCUUCUGAUUUAUGGGUUUAUUUUAAAGUUAUCCACCUGAAUGAAAAUAUACGGUUAUCUUCUGAAGAUGUUGAGUAUAAUUCCUGGCUUUUGAAUGUUGGAGAAUCUUUAUCAAAUGUUUCCAAUCCUUUACUCCCUCCAGAUUCGAUUGUUAUCCCAAAUUCAUUAUUAGAAAAUUCAUUAAUCAAAUCAAUAUAUGGAGACUCCAUACAAAUAUCUGAUAUUAACCUAUUUUCAAAAAAAAUUAUAUUAACCACUAAAAAUAACAUAGCCCUAAAUUUAAAUAACGAAAUUAUUCAAAAACUACCAGGAAAUUCUAAGAUAUAUUUUAGCGCCGAUUCUAUACAAACAGAUAAUCCUGAGGAUUUACUUAAUUUCCCCAUUGAAUUUCUUCAUUCUCAAACCUCAUCAGGAAUGCCUCCUCAUAUUUUAAAUCUUAAAGUUGGGACAAUAAUAAUGCUUCUUCGUAACAUGAAUCCCAGCAGAGGCUUAUGCAAUGGGACACGACUUCUUAUCAAAAAUUUACAUGAUAAUUUCAUAGAUUCUGAAAUAUUAUCAAGGACGCAUAAUGGCCAUCGCGUUUUUAUUCCUCGAAUUGUUCUUUCCCCGAGCGAUUCCCGGUUGCCUUUCAUAUUAAAAAGACGCCAAUUUCCUAUAAUUCCUGCUUUUGUUAUCACUAUAAAUAAAAGUCAAGGUCAAACAUUCGACAAUGUCGGCCUCUUUCUUCCUGAACCUGUGUUUUCCCAUGGUCAGCUCUAUGUCGCUCUAACACGUUGCAGAUUUAAAAAAAAUAUGAAAAUAAAAAUAUUACCUACAAAAUACCAGGGAACACUUUUGAAUGAUAAUAGAGUAUUUACUCUUAAUGUCGUAUAUCAGGACUUAUUUACGGCAAGUUACGAGCAAGGAAAUGAAUUCAAAAACGACACUACAUCGACCAAAAACAUCAUAGACACGAUACCAUCAUCAUCAUCAUAUUUACGGCAAGUUACGAGCAAGGAAAUGAAAUCAAAAAACGACACUACAUCGACCAAAAACAUCAUAGACACGAUACCAUCAUCAUCAUCAUUAUUUACGGCAAGUUACGAGCAAGAAAAUGAAAACAAAAAAACACACUACAUCGACCAAAAACAUCAUAGACACAAUACCAUCAUCAUCAUCAUUAUUUACGGCAAGUUACGAGCAAGGAAAUGA